UGGGCUGCGGUCAGCGACCCCUUUCCGCAGCAGCCAGUAGCAGCAGGAGCAGCAUCCGCAGCUGCUUCCUGACGGGUUUCGCGUCCUUGCUUGCUGCGACCCUUCCGCGAGCACAGCCGAGCCAUGCUGCUCCUGGCGGUCGCAUUCAUCGUGACCUUCGUCCUCCUUCUCUACAUGGUGUCGCCGCUCAUCAGCCCCAAGCCUCUCAAGCUGCCCGGCGCUCACGUCGUGGUAACUGGAGGCUCCAGUGGAAUUGGAAAAUGUAUUGCUAUUGAAUGUUACAAGCAAGGUGCUUUCAUAACACUGAUUGCAAGGGAUGAGAACAAGCUGUUGCAGACAAAGAAGGAAAUAGAGAAGUAUUGUGUAAAUGACAAGCAGGUUGUAUUGUGUAUUUCUGUUGAUGUAUCUAAAGACUAUGAACAGGUGGAGAAUGUUCUAAAACAGGCUCAGGAGAAGCUGGGGCCAGUUGACAUGCUUGUAAACUGUGCAGGAACAUCAGUUACAGGAAAAUUUGAGGACAUCGAAGUGAAUUCUUUUGAAACACUGAUGGCAGUCAAUUACCUGGGGAGCGUUUACCCAAGCCGAGCAGUAAUCGCUACCAUGAAGGAGCGAAGAAUGGGAAGGAUUGUGUUUGUAUCCUCUCAGGCUGGGCAGUUAGGCCUGUUUGGUUAUACCGCCUAUUCUCCAACAAAGUUUGCUCUUCGAGGGUUGGCUGAAGCCCUGCAAAUGGAGGUAAAACCUUAUAAUAUCUACAUAACGGUGGCUUAUCCUCCAGAUACCGACACACCUGGCUUUGCAGAAGAGAGCAAAACAAAGCCCUUAGAGACGAAGCUAAUUUCUGAAACCUCAUCUGUUUGCCAAGCAGAACAAGUUGCCAGAGUUAUAGUCAAAGAUGCCAUACAAGGGAAUUUUAACAGCUCUGUUGGAUCAGAUGGUUACAUGCUAUCAAUACUGACAAGUGGAAUGUCACCAGUCACUUCUAUUACAGAAGGUCUUCAGCAGGUUGUGUGCAUGGGCAUUUUUCGCAUCAUUGGCCUAUUUUACCUAGGAAGUUUUGACAGCAUAGUUCGUCGCUGCAUGAUGCAAAGAGAAAAAUCUGACAGUGCAGAUAAAACUGAGUAAUCUUUGCUUUGAAUUGAAAGAAGAAUGUCCAACAAUCCUGGACAGCUUGCUGCUUAAGUGGGACUCAGUUUUUCUUCUGAAGGAUUUAGAGUGGAAGUACUUGGUGUAUGUGAGAGAUGAGUCCCCUCAAAAGCUAUGAAAGAAAACAAAGCUACAACUCCAGAAAAUGCCAAACUAUGCAAAAGUGUGACUGUGAGGAUCAGAGGUGUCUGGUUUUGUGUGUGUGUAAUUUGAGUUGGAGCGAGUUUGGGGAACUUGUAAGUGAUCUGCAGGUGAAAUUUGAGAUGAACUAUGUGCGGUAAUUCUGGACAAAUGCUUAAGUUUUCUCACUUUGGUGCUUAUGGAUGAACUAAGUACCAUGACAGACUGGGCUGAAGUUGACUGAAGUCCCCUGAACAAGUUGGUACCUUUUGCUAAUGUUUUGGGACCAUUUUUAAUUUGGAGAGUUGACGUUUCCUUUGGCCAGUCUACAGAGCCUUCUGUCAAUGACAGCUUGCUUUAUUCUGUACAAGAUGCAACUGUGGAAACCUUAAGAUGGCGGGUACAUUUGUACCAUCCAAGCUUUCUCAGGCUGGGAGUAAUUGAAAAGUAUGAUUUUAAUACAUGCAUACUUUCUAAAGGGAGAUGAAGAACCCAUUCCCACAGAGAGAAUGCUAGGAGAUGUGAUUCGGUCUGUAGCUCUUUUGGCCUUUGAAGUAUGUUGUGAGGGAAAAAAAAUAAAAACCAGUACUGAGUACAUUGAUCUUGAUUUUCAGCUUUUUUAAGCCAUUGAAAUGAUGUAAAAUUUUUACAGAUACUUAUCUGCCAGUUUUUGCUCUGGAAAGGAAAGUAGCUUAAUGCUACUGUUAUGCAUAUUGUUUUUCAAAGCUGCAAAUGAUGAGCCAAACCAGUAGUUGAUGAUAAAACCAAUUGUAAUUAAAAUGCCAGGCUCUUCCAGUAGCAGGAAUGUAGCUUUUUGAGGCAGAGGGGUCAGGAGGGAAGAGGGGGGUGUGUCAGAAUGGCAUUCCACUCUUAAUUUUAUCACCACACAGUAAAGCUUUCACACGGUAAGAAAUGACUUCAAAUGCUCUCCUUCUAUGGCCUACUUGUAAUUUGUUUCAUUUAUACAUUAUACAAAACAAGGCUGCUCAAUAACUGCUUCAGAAUACACAGAACCCAGUGGUUGUUUCUAAUACCUGUAACUUUAACACUGAAAAAGUGUGAUGCAUAACAAUGAUGUUUUAAGGGUGCACUAUAUAUACACACUAUGUAAAGGACCACUAUAGCAAGUGCCUUGUGAAUUGCUGUUUGGUUU